AUGGUAACCAAGGCCUCCUCAACGGUGGUGGUUCACGCCGGCGUGCACCUGUUCAAGGUCGUCGGCCACUCCACCAUCACGGGCAAGAUUAAGCUCACUUCCGACACUUUCCGCGUUGCUGAUCACGACUGGGCUAUCCUGUACUACCCGAACGGCAACACUAGUGUUGUCGACGACCAGUUCAGUUCGAUUUUCCUUAAGCUGAUGAACGCCGGCGAGGAUAAGGUCACGGCCUACUAUUCCUUCUGCCUUCAGGACCCCGCGGCGCCGGCGACAGGGGAGAAGCACAAAAUCAGUUUGCACACCCCGAAGCUCUCGUCCACUUCGUUGGUCAGGGGUACGAAUAAGUUCGUGAGUAAAGCCGACUUGGCCGCGUCCGGGUGCCUCAAGGAUGACUAUCUCGUGAUCAAGUGCACCGUCGAGGUCCCAAUACUGAUGGACGACCGACUGGAGGGCGACGAUAACGACAGCGUCAUCGUGCCACCCGCAGACCUAAGCAAAGAUCUAGCUAAUCUUCUAGACAGCGGCCUCAAGGCGGACUUGACCAUCAAGAUCGGCUGGUUCAAGAGAUUCAAGGUGCACGCGUGCGUACUCGCUGCGCGAUCGCCCGUCUUCCGAGCCAAGCUGUGCGGCACCAUGAUGGAGAGCAGAGGAAGCAGCAUCCUCAUCAAGGACAUAAAUGCAAAGGUUUUCGAGAUUGUGCUGCAUUACAUGUACAAUGAUCGUCUGCCAGAGUCUAUGGAUGAGGCGACGGAAGAGACCACAAACAUGGUGCAGCAUCUGCUCGUCGCGGCUGAUCGUUACGCAAUGGAAAGACUAAAGCUGAUAUGCGAGAUGAGGUUGAGCAAGGCGCUGGAUAUCAACACGGUGGGUUUCACCUUGGAUCUUGCAGAGCAAUACCAUUGUCAGCAGCUCAAGGGUUGCUGUCUCAGGUAUAUGACAAGAAACGGCAAGAGAUUACAAGAAAUCAUAAACACCGAGGGGUUUGCUGAACUAAAGCGAAACCAACCACAGGUCGCAUUCGAUAUUCUUGGACAAGUUAUUGCCUUACUGGCAACUUAG